GCUCCCUACCCCGCCCUUAGUGCACCCGUCCCAGAGUCCAGUUGGGCUGUUACCCUUUCUGUGACCCAGGCACUUGUACGUGAACGGCUCAGGGCCCGUGUGCUUCCGAAUCUGACACAGGCUUGGAGGAGGGUGUGGCCUCUGCUAGGAGGCAAAAUCGGAAAGAGCUUAGUUUGGGACUCCGGGUACUCGUGCCUCAGCCUUGAUCGAGCUGGUGGUCCUCAGUUUUCCCAUCAGUACACUGAGGAGGCUGGGGUCUAGUAGCCCCCAUCAUCAUCAUCAUCAGGGAUGAUGAUGCAGAAAAGGAAACUGAGGCCCAGGCAGGGGAAGCAGAUGGCCCCAGAUUGCUAAGGUACUCGCGCCAUGGCGUCCCAGAGUCGUCGGCGGAGGCCGCUGCGGAGGCCUGCGACGGUGGUGCCGGGGGAGGCGGCCGAGACGGACUCGGAGCUCUCUGUGUCCUCGUCGGAGGAGGAGGAGCUGUACCUGGUCCUCUCGGGCCCGACGCGCGGCCGCCCCACGGGACUGCGGGUGGUCGGGGAGGCCGCGGAGACCGACUCGGACUCGGAGCCGGAGCCGAAGGCCGCGCCGAGGGAUCUGCCUCCGCUCGUGGUGCAGCGGGAGACUGCCGGGGAGGCCUGGGGAGAGGAGGAGGCCCCGGCGCCCGCCCCCGCGCGUUCGCUGCUGCAGCUCCGGCUGGCUGAGAGCCAGGCGCGGCUGGACCACGACGUAGCGGCCGCGGUGAGCGGCGUGUACCGCCGCGCGGGCCGUGAUGUGGCCGCCCUGGCCGGUAGGCUGGCGGCUGCCCAGGCGGCGGGAUUGGCGGCGGCCCACAGCGUGCGCCUGGCGCGGGGGGACCUCUGCGCGCUGGCCGAGCGCCUGGACAUCGUGGCCGGCUGCCGCCUGCUGCCCGACAUCCGCGGCGUGCCGGGCACCGAGCCCGAACAAGACCCGGGACCGCGAGCCUAUCUGUGACCCACUCUCCCGCCUGACUGAGCCCUGGGGGUAGGCCUUGCGGCCUCUGGGACCUGGCUCUGUGCCCUGUUUAGCCACCCACCCAUCUUACUGUCACCCUCAGAGAUAACCUCGCCCCCUGGAUAAUGCUCUGUGGGGGGGGGGGAGGGGGGAGAAAGGGGGGUUAAUGCUGUGCAGCCCUGCCAGGCCCUAGCAUCUGGUUCCACCCCCUGGCCCUGGCGCUUGCUCCCUGGUUCAGAGCUUGUGUGUGUCUGAAGCUUGGCUCAAACUGUUGGGUAACUAGCCACUCCUUAAUCUGUCUCCAUCUUAGCGGUUCACAGAGCCUCACCUCUCCUUUCUGUCUGCCUUCCUCAGUUUGGUUUCUGUUCACAGGGGCUGGUCCUGCUUCUAGCGCAGAUUCCCUGAUGUCUCUGGCCCUAGUCCCACUUCUGGAAUUCUGCCCUCUAAUCUGGACCCUUUUUCUGCUCCUCAGGCUUGGCUCUGAUUCCAUCUCCUCCUAGUCCUUGCCCUUCCGCCUCCUGGCUCCUUCUCCUUGGGCUUAGC